AGUUCCGCCUCCUUGUCGUCUCAUUUUGGGACAAAGUACAACUUUAUCAGGCGCCUUCACCAUGACGUCAGCAUUUUUUUUUUUUUUCGCUGACGUAUGACAACAUUUCUGCACUUUUCUUCGGCUUUGUCGGACUUUCACUGAGUGUUCUUAACGUGCCGCUCACAGAACUGAGACCAGGAAACAAAAUGAGACAAAGAGAUAAAACGACCGAGGAAACGACCAGAAACAUGACUUCGGACAUCAGUCCAGGACAGAGGAGAAAAACAGUUUUCAUCGCCUUCAUCAUCGCUGCUUUGAAUAUGAUCUGCAUGUUUCUGACGUUUGCCGUCACCCCCUAUUUGGCAAAGAAACUUGGCUUCGAUGUCUUGUGGUUUGGCUAUUUACAAACUACUGUAGGCAUAGUUCAACUGAUCGGGGGUCCAGUGUUUGGAAGGUUUGCAGAUCUGGUUGGUGCCCAGGCAGCUUUGUCUGUGGCAUGCAGUGCCACUGUUGUUUCUUUUCUACUCUUGGCAAUAGCAGAUCGUCCUGCCAUGCUGUUCAUCCACAAACUCCCCACAGUCUUCAUGCACGUCCUACCGGUAACUCAGAUGGUCGUGACAGACCUUUCAGAACCACAAAAACGGACAGAUGCUUUAUCCAAACUCAGUCUGUGCUUUGGCAUUGGUCUGAUAGUUGGCUCUCCACUAGGUGGCACACUCAGCACACGUUACGGGGAGACCUUUGCUGCCUGCUUUGGUGCUGUGGUGGCUUUCGCCAGUUUAAUUUUGGUUCAUAUGUUUAUCCCCAAAUCCACAAAAGUACAAGCUCCAAGAAGCAAGACAGAUGAUAAGAAGAAAAAUGAAUCCUUAUUCAGUCUGAGAGAGAUCACGAGACUGAUGACGUUUCCAGGUGUGAUCUCCACUUUUGUUGUGAAGAUGGUCGCUGGUUUACCUUCAGGUGAGAGUUAUGGUGAAAAGCACUUUUGGCCAUUCAGUAAAAAAAACAUGACAGAUGCUGUCAUGCAUGGACUGCUCGAAUAA